AUACUACUACUACAUUGUAUUUUUUUCAUCCUAGCAUAAACAUUGUGUAAAUAUUUCAAAAAAAAAAUAGAAAAGUAGAAAAAAUGCCUGUUGACCAUCAACAAUUAGAGCGGAGAAAAUCUGGUCCGUCUGAAGUAAGUUUGACGAUCAAAUAUGUACUGUUCUCCCUGAACGUUUUAUUUUGGAUCAUUGGUGCCAUUAUGAUUGGUGUGGGUGUAUAUGCAAAAACAGAAAAGGCCUAUGGUGGAAUAGGAGACACACUUCCUUGGUUUAUGGAUCCAGCAAAUAUAUUUAUUAUCAUUGGAUCUAUAGUCUUUACAUUGGCCUUUAUAGGUUGUAUUGGAUCUUUGAGAGAAAACAUUGCCUUACUAAGAACAUUCGAAUAUACAAUUGACAUUUUAUUGUUACUUGAAGUAGCACUUGUUAUAUAUGUGUAUCUUGACAGGAAGAGGGUAAGGAGAAACGUUGAAGAGGUUUUGAAAGAAACAAUCCCAAAAUACAGAGACGAUCCAGAUUUGCAAUCGAUCAUCGAUUGGGUCCAGGAAACUAUGAAAUGCUGUGGCAUCCAGAAUGUAAACGAUUGGGAUGCGAACAUCUACUUCAACUGUUCAACCAAGGCAUCUCCGGAAAGUUGUGGGGUACCAUAUUCAUGCUGCAGAAACUAUGGGCAAGAUAUCAACACACAAUGUGGUUAUGGUAUGAGGUUGGAAGAGAACACAUCGAAGAAAAGAACCACGAUUUACGUUGACGGGUGUGUUGAUGCUACUAUCAAAUAUUUCCUUAGUGAAGAUAACCUGAUUCUUCUUGUUUGUGUUGGAGGUGCAAUGGUAUUAUUGCAACUUAUAACAACCGGCUUGGCACAUCAUUUGGUGGAUGGAAUUAGAAGACAGAAAGCGAAUUGGAAUACGGUGUCCUAUCCUGGCACAAGUAAUCAAGCAUACCAUUAACGACGCGCGUAAUUGUCAAAAACAAUUCAUGUAAUUUAAACAAAAAAAUUCGUGUGAUUUUUUUCUGUUUUGAUAAAAAAGUUUUAUGCACUUUUCGAUAAGAUAAAAAAAAAUUUUUAUUAGGGAGAUGGUGGUAUUUGUUCUAUUUUUUUUGUAAUAGAUUUGCAAUUAUUUGAGAGACAUUUAUAAACAUGUAAGUUACGGAUGAACUAGGAAGCUUGAUUUGUGUUCUGUUUUGUUCUUAGAAAAGAAAGAGAAUUUUAUGAUUUGUUUACUCUUUGCAAAGCACAAUUUUACACUGUUUCAUAUUGAUGCAUAUGUGGAAAGAACAGUAGUAAUAAUAUCAAUUUCUAAGUAAAAAGAAUUAAGAAGGAUGAACCUCUCAAACUAAUGAUAUUCUUACAUGCAGGGUUUCGAUUCUGUGUCUUGUUUUUUUUCUGACGCAUCUGUCUAAUCGUGAUCCGCUUGUAUCGGAAAUUGAAACGGGUAACAUGCAUGCUUUGCAAGGGCUGCAGCACCUAAUUUAUCAGAUAAAGUGAUUUUAUAUAAAUGUGUAUAUAUAGCUAUAUACUAUCAAUUUGUAUGCAUAUGUAAAAUAUUUUGUUGUAGUUAUUUUGCUCUUUUCAGAGCGUUAUUUUAUUUUCAAACAAACAAACAAACAAACAAACAAACAAACAAGGUACUGACUAAAAGCUUAUUUUGCAUUAAAAUCUAGUUUCAUGUUAACAUAGCCUCAGUUUAUCAGAGAUUUACGUUAUGUGUUUUUUAUUGGGGAAACGGUUAAUUGAAAUUUUUAAUAAUGGUGUUUGCAGUAGCUUAUAAUAUAUUUGAAUAAAUGGCAGGCACCACUAUUUUGAAACGUUUUUCUAAUUUUAAUUUCCCUUUGAAAUACUCUCAACCGAUGAAUAAUUAGCAGUAUUUUUGAAAAGGAAAUCCAGUUUUUCCCGUAUGUCGUAAAACUUCACGGUGUUUAACUUUUUUACGGGAUAAACUUUUUUUCUCGAAAAUUUAGAAACAAGAUGGUUUUGUGUACGUUUUGUUUCGUCUACUUUAAUUUGUUUACUUUGUUUUGGCUUUGUUUUUAUGUAGUUCAAGUGAUUCAUGUGUCGUUGGUAAAGGGUGCUAGAAUCCUUUCUUUCGUGAAUUUUGUUAAUUUCUUAUUUUUUCUUUUUGCCUCUACUUGUAAUAAAUAUGUUUUUUCCAACCCUCGAACAAAUUCGAAGUCGUUAGUUUUAACUAUUAUUUUUCAGGAAAUGUUAAAAUUUGGUUACUACAUUAUAGACCAGUAAGUCCUGACUCUUAUCUGGAAAAUUAGCACAAAAGCAGGUGAUAACCGGGUCUUACCAGACCUGACCACCAACUAUUGUAAACCACUUUUCAGUCAUUUUUCUAUUUUUACUUAGUUUUGGAAGAAGUCUAGUAUUUCUACUUAAAACCUUUUACUAUUUUACAAGGAAAUUCAAAAAAUAAACUUUUAUAAAUUAAUACACAGUUUUAAAACAUAUAUGUACAGGGCGGUGUAUGUUGCUUGUAUGAUGUGGAAAUAUAUAAUAUGUGUUACAUACACAA